AUGGCGUGCUGGAUCUUCCAGAUCAUCAGUUAUCUCGCCAUCAACCUGUGGUUCUUUCCCCUAAUCACCAGUGAUACAACAGACUCUGUUCUGCACUGUUUUUCAAUGAUCAUUGUGCCACGGAACACAGUUUGGAGCACUCGUGUAAUGGGCACCCUGAUGAUUAACUGCACUGUAACAAUAGAACCUAAAUGCCUGAAUAAAAUAUCAAUCCUGUGGUGCAAAUUUGAAGAGAAUUCAGCAUGCAAACCUAUAAGGAAAUCUGAGCUCAUCACAACAGAAUUGAUUAAUAUUAAUGAGAGUUUUCAAAUGUCAUUUCUGAAGUUUGAAAACAUGUCCAGGAAUGAUUCUGGUCGGUACAGGUGUGAACUUUCAACAGCAACCAGUGUUGGCCAUUCAAUCCUUGUUAAUGUCACAGAUAUUCCAUUUGAUAAGAUGGACUUAGAAGUUGUAAGCAAAGAAAACAAAACAAGUACAAACAGUUCAAAUACUAGUCAGACAGAUUUCGCAUGGGUUUGGCAGUACCUGUACAUUGGCAGUGGAGUUGUGUUGUUGGUCAUUAUUGUGCUUGUGCCUGUGCUCGUCAUCAGAUGUCGAGUAAAAAAAUUAAGAAAAGCAAGGAUUUACAAAACAGCUCAAAAUCAGACCACAGCAACCCAAAUGGCCGACCUUUCUUUACCUGCACUUAACACCAUGACGCAAAAACCGCUAUCUUCUGUACGUGGUAAAACCCACAGUUUUCCGGCCCAGCUCAAUCCACCGUCGCCCUGUAUCUACGAUAAUGUCCCCCUCAGGGUCGCAUCUCAAAGACAUCGUUCAUCUCCACCAGGACUACCUGCUGUUCGGGGUGCACCGAGACGAAGCCAUGAUCACGGCAAGGUGGAGGAGGAGGAAGAAGAAGAUCGAUUGGUAUAUGCCUCCUUAAAUCAUAAGGCUGCUCUGCAGAGACCUGUCAGAGUCACUCAUACAGAGAUAGAAGCUUCAGAAUACGCUGCCAUUAAAGUCUCCUAAGACCUAAUGCUUCAAGCUCA